AAAUUUUAUAAGUAUAUUCUACAUUAUAUCAAAAUAGAAAUAAUUAGUGAAUUACAUAUUAAAUUUUUUUUUUUGCAAACAUUUUAAAAUUAUGUUGAAUUGGUAAACCAUUAUAUUUUGUUUUUUUUUUUAUCAGCAACAAAACAGAGUCAUAUAGACUAUGUAAACCAAACUGGUAGCUCUGUAUCCAUGUGGACUACGAACGAAGGUUGCCUUCUUGCACUACGUGCUAGACUAUCCGUCCUUGAAUUUUGCGUCCUUGAUAUAUAGAUGAGCUCUGAGCUGUGGAAACUACCUUUCAGGAUCUUUAUAUCUUCCAGAUAACUUGCAAAUGCGGGCCAUUCCUCAGGUUUAGAAACCAUCUUCACCAACUGAGAACAAUCCGUCGCAAAAGUGACAGUAAACUGUCUUAAGUUCCUCAUACAUUUCAUCGCCCAAAUGAGUGCCUCUAUCUCCGAAUGAAGUGGUGAUUAACUCACUCUAGUGUUCCUUGCUCCCAAUAAGUUAUCAAAACCGUCGAGAGUGCUGCACCAUCCUUGUCCUGAAAAACUAUCAUUUUCUUUCCAAGAUCCAUCCGUAAAGCACCACCGACCAGGAAUAAUUGGAACCGUCUCGGUUACUACCGAACGGGCCUGAUCGGUGCUUUGUGCAUGAUUAAUCUGCGCCUCGGCCCAUAAGGCAGACUCUGUUUCAGCCAACUUAAGAGUAUCUCGAGGGUCAAUAUCAAGAUAUAAAACCAUUAUAUUUUGAAAAAAUACUUUCAUUAAUAUAAAUAAAUAAAAUAUCAUUCACCGUUUAAAGUGACUAAAAUAUCAUUCACCUUUUAAAAUGAUUAAAUUUCAUAAAUUAUGUAAUAAUUUUCACAAAAAUAAAAUUGUUAACCAUGUGUUAAAUUUUAAUAUUUAGAACUAUAUAUAAUAUAUUUAGUUAUUUUUAAAAUGACAGCAAUAUAUUAUCAUAAAUUAUAGUAUACAAAAUAAUAUAAAAUUUUAUAUUUAUAAAUGAAAUGUUACCCGCAUGGGUGUGCAGAUUAAAAUCUAGUUUAUAUUAAUAGCAAUAUCAGAAGAGAAAACGAAAAAUGCCGCGUUAUAAAAAAAAAACAAAAAUGCCGUAAAAUAGAUAAAGAAAAUAGGUCUAACGCAUUAGGUCAUGAUAUUUCACUAUAGAAUCUAAUGAUCAAUGUGAUUUUUAAUUCUCUUAUCUUCCGUUUAUUCGAAACGAAAUUUAUCAACCUUUUAACAUAUACCCAUUGUUGGAAGAAAGAAAGAUUAAAUGUUUUUUUUCUGAUAAAGGGUUUACUAAGAAAGAUUAAAUGUUUUUCCUGAUUAAAAUCACGAAUCAAUUUAUGUUGAACACAAGGCCAAUGUGAACCAUGUGGUAAGAGUAUAUAAUUUCAGUCAUGCAUUAACAUGCUAUACACAGGAUUUCGUUCAAUUUUAUCAAUUUUUCGAAUGUUACAUUAAGUUUUUCACUUGUAUGUAAAGGAACAACUUUUUUUUUUGUGCACUAAGGAACAACUUUAAAUGUAUGAACUAAAUCCGGAGUGUGGAUGUAAGUUAAAGAGAGAGAGAACGAUAAAUAUGAGAACUCUGGUAGGACAAAAGAGUGUAAGGAGGGGCCAGCACCGAAGGCGAUAAAGAGCUUUUCGCCGUGAUGAUGUUCCCUGUGUUAUUACGUAACCACUCAUGUUACGCCACGUUAUAUUGUUACUGAUUGUUUUACUAUUUUUGUGAAAACAUUGUUUACUUUUUUUUGGAAAAAUCGCAUGAAAAACUAUGAAAUUGGCAAAAAUUUAUACUUUAAACCGUAGAGCUCAAUUACUAACACUUUAAAUACUGAAACUUGUUUCAAUAACAUAUUAAACAUCGAAACUAACUUACUUGUUGCAUACAUCAAAAUUGUGACCGGUUACUAUUCAUUAGCAGGUAAAAACCGGUGACGUGGCGGUUUACUUUAAAAAAUAAUUUUUAGUUGAUUUAAUUAAUAAAAACAAAAAGUUAUACAAACAAUAAAUAUAAAUUCUAAAAAGUAAUACAAAUUCAAGAAAAAAUCAAGAAGAAUAAAAGAAAAUUCAUAAAUUUAAAAUAAAAAAAAAUUAUAAAUUCAAAAUUUUAUAACAAAAAUAAAAGGAAAUUUUCAAAAUUGACUAAAAUUAAGGAAAAAUAAAAAAUAAAAAAAAAAUCGAAAUUCAAAAAAUAAAAUUAAUAAAUUGUAUAAAUCGAUAAAAAUUGAAAAAUAGGAAAUUUAUAAAAAUAUGAAAAACAAAUAAAAAAUCAAAAUUAAAAAAAAGAAUUGAAAAUGAAAAGUAAUUGAAACUGAACCUCUUUGGUUGUUAGGUAGGCAUAUGAGCGUUUGGGUGUCCGGGUUCGGAUCCUAAAGAUUUGGUCUCAACAAGAUACUUGAAAAUAUAAUUUUUUGCCAACUUCAUGGUUUUUACCAAUAUUUGCCACAUGGUUUCAUUUUUCCAUAUUUUUUCCUUAAGUUUUUAAUCAUUUAAAAAAAUUAUUUUUUUUUUAUUAUUUUAUGAAUUUAUACAUUUUUAUCUUUAUUAAUUUUGAGUUUUGGAUCCUUCAGAUCCAAGAGAUUUGGACCCAACAAGGCACUUGGAAAUUUUCGGUUCGGGUUCGACAUGAGGUGAUGGUGGCAAAUUUAAUCAUAUCACUCUAAAAAGCUAUUACGAAAUAUAAUAGGAUUUUAAAACAUUUUGUUCAAUAUUAAAUUUUUGAAUUAAAAAAAUAAAAAUUUUAAAUUUUUAUUUUGAAUUUUUAUAAAGUAUUUUAAUUUUAAUUUUAAUAUUUGAACUUUUAUAUUUUUUCCAGAGUUUAUUAAAAAUUUCCUAUUUUUUCUUAAUUUUUAUCGAUUCUUAUAAAUGUUUUAAAUUUUAUUAUAAUUUUUUGAAUUAUUAAAUUUAUUUUUCCUGAUUUUUUCUGAAUUUGUAUCAAUUUUAAAAUUUAAACUGAAUUUUAUAUAAUUUUAGUUUUUUUAUUAAUUAAAUGAAUUAGAAUUUUUUUUUAAAAAAAGUAAACUGCCACAUCACCAGUUUUUACCUGCUUAUGAACAGUAACCGGUCACAAUUUUGGCGUGUGCAACAAGUAAGUUAGUUUUGAUGUUUAAUAUGUUAUUGAAACAAAUUUCAGUGUUUAAAGUAUUAGCCGUUGAGCUCCAAGGUUUAAAAUGCAAACUUUUGCCAACUUCAUGGUUUUUUAUGCGAUUUUUCCUUCUUUUUUUUUUGAACAACAUUGUUUUACUAUUUGUUCAGAAAACAUUGUUUUAUUACUUUUUGUUUUUUACAACAACUAUUUUCCUGUUUUUUCUUGACUUUAAUUCAAUUUAUGUUUCUUAUGAUAUCAUCUAUUGAAAGUUCACAUCGUCUACUUAAGAAAAAUAAAAUAAAACAUUUGAUAUAUAUGUUGUACAAUUAUCAUAGAAUCUUAAGUUUGAGCUUGCAAAGAAUAUGCAUAAUUUCUCCCAAAAAAAUUUCCUACCAACUUGUAAGAGUUAUUUAAUGGAAUUCAUUUUUUGUCAACAGUUAAUUAAAUUUGAUAGUUGAAAUUUUAUAAGUAUUUUGGAACAUUUUCUGUAACUAGUAAAUCAAAUAGUACAGUCUUACAAGCUUACUAAUGUUUGAUCAUAUAAACAUUUUAUAUCCAAAGAUUUUUGUCGUUGUUGUUGUUGUUGUGUUGGUGCAACAUCUAUCCAUCAAGGCAUCAAGACAUAGAAACCUGAAUAGGACAAAUCAAUACAUUGUUUAUUAAAAAAAAACAUGCGUAUCAAUUUCACCAAACGAAUCUAGUAACCUAACAUGAGCAGCAUAUAUUAUAUUGGUGUUAUAGAUGUGAAUCAUGUGAUGGUCAACAAAGAAACCCACUUAAUUAAUAACCUGGAUUCGCCCCUGGAUGUGAUGGUCAACAAAGAAGUAGGGAUUGCUUAGUUUAAUCCAAGAGUGUAGUGAUAUUUGAGUAGCAUCAACACGGGAGAAUAAACGCAGCAGACAAAGGUAAACAAAAUAGUCUACUUGUGUAAGCAAGGACGCCUAAAGAUAUUUUCUGUAGUUGUUUUAUAUUUGAAUGCAAAUGUUAUUAAAUAUAUUUUGGUCUUGAUCGUCCAAAACGUAACGAUUGGAUGACUAAAAAACAAUUGCAAUGUUUGUUUUUCUCUCGAGUCGGUAUGAUCUCACAACCACCGAACCACAACACAAAAUGUAACUAUUGCGGCCACUGGUGACCAUACCGCCCCAAACGCAAAUUCGCAUAUAACCUUUGUUCGGGACUGCGCUAGACAUAACGCGUGUCCGCGUAUAGGCCCUUGCACCAAAUCAAUUAGUCGGAGAUUAUACAGACUAGUAGAGAGUAAUUUAGUGGUUUCUAUGGGUUUAUAUAAUAUGAAUCAUUAAUAAUGUGGACAGAUGGUGUAGUGGUCAGUGAUUUUGUUAUUCAUCACGUGUCAUGGGUUCGAAUACAGGUGUGUGUUUUUGGUCUAUUUUAUAGUCUUUUAGGUUAAAUGAAAUGAAUAUGAAAAUAAUCAUGUCUUCUACCUCAAAUCUUGCAAUUCUUAGAACUAACUACAGUUGCCCUUUUUUUUUGUGAUUUCCAUUGCUUUUCUUGCUUUUCUUGCUAAUCUUAUAUGUUUUAAUCAACCUAUGAUAAAUCUAUUAAAGAACAUUUAAUUUCGGAUUCCAAAUCUACAAAAAUGAUAAGUUCAACUUUUCCGAUUAACUGAACCCUACGUUCAAGGCCAAAUCGCAAUACGCUUUUCUGGUGUGACUUUCCGGCAGCCUUAAGCCGCAUUUUUGAACAAGGCAUAUAAAACUAAUUAAUUUCUUCAAUAAAUUAAAAAAAGAACUUUAUUUGAAGAUGUCGCAUUCAAUAGUUGGUAGAUAGAGUUCUAAAAGAUCAUAUCACUUCUCUAUCACACACACAUAGAAAGUGAAAACUUAUUCAACACUUCAGGAAGAGAGAGGAAGAGAGUGAUAGCUAAGUUAUAAUUAAAGACUCCCAAAAAUCUGAAUAGAAUCUUCAGAAAGUAUAGAAUAAAAAAUCACAUAAAAUAAAAUUAAAAAGCACAUUUCCUUUGCAUCAUGAAAGUUUUUGUCUCUGUUUACAUUUACAUGUGCCUAUAUAUAUGGGUUCAUAUAAGCCUAGAGAAUCUGCCAGUAUCGGAAUAUACAUUCAGUACGUCUUUCAUGAUCUCAACAACAUAAACAAGACAAAACGCUUUUGUCUCUUUGUCCAAGUCUACGAGGAACCAGGAGAAUAACCCAUUCUAAAAUUCUUAUAAAUCUCGCAUAUAUAAGAAGAAGAUCCAAGUAAGUUUAUUUCAACCAUGUGCAUGUGGUUUCUAGUUUUUGUGAUGUACAAUCCAAAUAUCUAACUUUGGUACUCCAGAUCUUAGGUUAUAACUUAUAAGUAUAACUACUCUCUUCCUUUUCUUAUUUAAAGGACAAGACGAUUACAUUGUUUUUUCUCCUUUUGUUGGAAAGUAUGUGAUGCUCAUUACUUAUUUCACGAAUGCAGUUUUUUUAUUAAUAAAAUGAUAUUCAUUGUUAUUUUUUCUCCUUUUUAAUAACAUUUUCAUGAAAUAUAGUGAGCAUUGUGGAAAGUUAACUACUUGUUUAAAACCCAUGCAUAUAUAUCAUGAUUCCUUUUUUUGAAACAUCUAUAUUAUUAAAACUGAAGUAUAUUUUGAUAUUGUUUGAAAACAUGGAUAACAAUAUAAAUGAUAAUUGUUUGGAAACAUCGAUAAGAGUAUAAGAAAAAGACGUAUAAUAUUCUUUUAGUAAUUUUUUUUCUUUUUUUUCUUUUUUUUGUUCUUUUAGUAAUUUCAUUAACAUAAUUACUUUAAUUGUAUUUCCAUAUUUCACUCAGUUUAACAACUUCAUUAAUUAUAUUACUUUAACAAUACAUCACAUCACUAUUUAUAUUACCAAAAUAAUAAUAGUGCAGAUUUUUAUUUAUUAUUAAUCAACAUUAUUUUUUUGCCAAUUAUAAAAUCAAAUAAUUGUGUUUUGCAUAUGGUUAAACGUUCAGUUUAUUUUGCUUUACUAAAAAAAUUUUCUUUUAGUUUCAAUCGGUGAAAAAUUACGUGAAAAAUUACGUAGCCAGAAAUAUAAUUCAAAAACAUGUUUUUGUGAAUAAAAUAAUAACUUGAAUCAAAAUAAUAAAAAUGUAUUAAUUUUUUUGUCACUUAAUUUUUCAGUCCAUAAAAUUAUUUUACUAAAUGAAAAACUCUUUCUAUUUCACUUAGUUUAGCCAAAUACAUAUAAAUAAUUCUUUUUACUAGUUUAUAAAAUUAGUUAGGCAUGAACAUUAACUAUCCAUUUAGGUACGAGUUGUUUCUUUCAGGUAUCAUUUUUUUAUGGAAACUAAGCCCCGCUUGAAUAUUUAUAAAUUUAUGUGUGGGUUUUGAGUUGGUCCUUCUCGGUCUGGAUGAGUUGGGUUCUGAUGUAUAUGAACCUAAAAAUAUCUAAAUAACAGAUGUAUCUGAAAAGGGUUCGGACACAUCUAAAAUAAUUACGACGCAUCUAAAAUAAUUACAAUUAGUUAUAUUACGACAUAUCUAAAAUAAUUACGACACAUCUAAAAUAUAUGACACUAAUUAUGAAAAACAAAUAUCAAUGUAUUAAAAUGUAAAAACCAAUAUCCGCGCGAGAUCAAUCUCUAGUGUUAUGUUAUGCGUGGAAUUUGGUACUAACAAGAGACAUUAUGAGUAUUCCAACGUAAUAUUUAUGAUAAAUUAACAAAAAUAACCUUUUUCAUGAUGAAAUAGAUCAAAUAUAUACUUUAAAUCAUAACUACGUGUGUGGAAAAUUAAACACACAUCAUCUCUAUGUAGACUUACUUGAAUACUUGAUUUCACAUUAGCUACAUAUAUCUUUCUCUUCACCUUUGAUGAUAGAGUAUAUGUUACACAUUGCAGAAAAUUAAUUUUAAAAAUAUCAAAUAUAUGGAGGGUCUCUCACUCAUUCCUCCCGGUUACCAAUUUCAUCCAACCGACGAAGAACUCGUUGACUAUUAUCUUAAGAAGAAAGUUGCAUUCCCAGGGAUGCAAGUUGACGUUAUCAAAGAUGUUGAUCUUUACAAAAUCGAGCCAUGGGACAUCCAGGAGUUAUGUGGAAGAGGAACAGGAGAAGAGAGGGAAUGGUAUUUCUUUAGCCACAAGGACAAGAAGUAUCCAACAGGGACACGAACCAAUAGAGCAACAUGCUCAGGAUUUUGGAAAGCAACAGGUCGAGACAAGGCUAUAUACUCGAAGCAAGAGCUUGUGGGCAUGAGGAAGACUCUUGUGUUUUACAAAGGUCGGGCCCCAAAUGGUCAGAAAUCAGAUUGGAUAAUGCAUGAAUAUCGUCUUGAGACAGAUGAAAAUGGACCACCUCAUGAGGAAGGAUGGGUGGUUUGUCGUGCUUUCAAGAAGAAACUAACGACAAUGAUGAAUUACAACAAUCCAAGAACAAUGAUGGGAUCAUCAUCAUCAGGCCAAGAAUCGAAUUGGUUCGUGCAGCAAAUGGAUGUCGCUAAUGGUAGCUACUACCAUCUUCCUGAUCUAGAGAGCCCAAAAAUGUUUCAAGCCUCAUCAUCAUUGUUACAUCAUAAUGAUAAUGAUCCUUAUGGUGUUGUACUAAGCACUAUCAACACAACACCAACCACAUUAAUGCAAGGAGAUGACCAAGUUGAUCAUGGUCAAGUUAUUACUAAUGAUGAUGUUCAUAUGAUUAUGAUGAACACAAACACUGAUCAUCAUAAUGAUCAAGUGAUGGAUUGGCAAACUCUUGACAAGUUUGUUGCUUCGCAGUUAAUCAUGAGCCAAGAAGACGAAGAAGUUAACAAAGAUCCAUCUGAUAAUUCGAAUGAAACAUUUCAUCAUCUCUCUGAAGAGCAAGCAACAAUGGUUUCAAUGAAUGCAUCGCCUUCUUCUCCAUGUUCCUUCUACUCUUGGUCUCAAAACACACACCCAUAAGAUCCAUCUUCAAACGUGCAUGUGUGAAUUCAAAUGCCUUAUUAUAAUUGAAUUGAGGCUCAUGCUUAUUGAUUACGUCAUACGCAUGUCUUAACGAAUUACUAAUUAUAAAUUUUAUACGAAAAUUGUUUAUUUAUUAUGUAAACUUUAUAGCUUGUUUACCACCCGGUG